GCAAGUCUCGAAACUUGGGAGGAAAUCUGGACAAGAAACGCGGCAACGUUCGACCGGCGUUGAGCUUCAGCCGCUCCUACCCAUUCCGUGGAAACCGAGUGUCUCUCGGAGUAUUUGCCUCGCUUCUCUGCUGCGGCCGAGUCUUUGCGGCGGUUGCUUCCUUUCGGUUUUUUCUCACUUUCGAGCGUCACGCUUGAGGUCUUUCUUCGAGAUCCCCAUGUCGCGGUACGACGCCGCGAUCGGGGGGCGCCUCAUCCUCAAGGGGAAGGGCCUGCCGUCGAACGAGAAGAAGAAGAAAAAGAAGAGAAAGAGAGACGACGACGACGACGCGUGCGAGGUGAAGCGCGAGAAAGUCGAGAGAUUCGGAGAAGAACAAGAAGACAAGAGAUACAAGGAACGAAACGCAGAAGCUGAAGAAACCUGUGAGGAGCGGUACCCCGUAGGAGACGAAGAAGUCGACGAGGAUCUUCUGCUCCUCGAAGAAGAGCAGAAUCCGAACUGGACGCCCGCGGAGAAAGCCUUCCGGCUGGCACAGAAAAAGAGAGAAAAGGAUCGCGUGAACGAGAGACUGAAGUUGACUCAUCGUCAAAGAAUGGAAAAGCUGAACAUUCAUCUGGCUUCGCUUUCAGAACAUUUCGACCAGCCUCGCGUUGGCCCCGGCUAG